AUGACAGUCCAGAGGCCUUUCCGUUUGGCUCAUGGAACAACAACCUUGGGUUUCAUCUUCCAAGGUGGGGUAAUAGCAGCAGCAGACACACGUGCCAGUGCCGGGGGGCUUGUUGCCUGUCCGGCUGUUCAUAAGAUCACCCCUAUUCACUCUCAUCUAGUGGUCACAUCUUCUGGUAGUGGUGCAGAUUGCAUGCUGUGGGAGCGAAUUCUGAUUAGAGAGAUCAGACUGUACCAGUUACGGCAUGGACAUCGCCUUUCAAUACGUGCCACAGCUAAGCUCCUUUCAUCUAUGCUGCAUCCUUUUAAAGGUACUGAAAUGUGUGUUGCUCUUACACUGUGUGGUUGGGAUAAGCGCGGUCCAAAGCUUAUAUAUGUGUGCAGUGACGGAGCCCGACUGCAGGGAGAUGUCUUCUCUGUGGGCUCGGGCUCACCUUAUGCUUAUGGAGUCUUGGACAGAGAGCUGAGGUGGAGCCUGAGUAAAGGAGAAGCCAUCUCAUUGGCAAGAGAAGCAGUGUUCAGGGCCACUCACAGGGAUGCCUACUCGGGGAACAAUGUGGACCUUUUCCACAUCACAGCACAAGGAUGGAGCCAGAGAAAGAGAGAGGACUUGAAAGAGGAAUAUUACAGAGAUAAAGAAAAGAAGGGAAAGAAAAAGAAUGACAAACUCAAAUAA